CUAAUAAUGAUGAAUGCAUGGUGACGAUCACCGAAACACCGAAACUCGACGACGAAAAAAAAUACAACAUUGACAUUCAUUAAAGUGAAUGUUAACAGCAAGUUGGUUUGGGGAUCUGUGGUAAUGAAUUUGGCUGGACUUGUACGCGCUAAUUACACGGCAUGCCGCAAGGUUUCAUUCUUGUCUGCACAGAGGAUAUAAUCUCCCAUAGUACAGAAUGACCAAACGUCCUUAUAUGUGGCUGAAGGCAAUUGUAGGCAUUGUCGUGGUUUUGCUUCUAGCUUACCAAUACAGUGACGUUCGUACUUUCCAAAAGGUUUACGUCGUGGAAAAUAAAUAUGAACAAUCUGGACAUCCCCCGUAUUCUGUCCACAACUUUAACAACUAUAAAACGAAACCCAAUACUCAAAACAAUGUAGUAUUCAAAAGGAAAACAGAUUCAAAGACCUUCAAACCAAACCCUGACCAUAACUGCAUCGCAACCAUUCCAGAGAAAUAUAUAACGAAUGGCAAACAACCGGUACUAAUUCCAGACGCCCAAGAACUGAAGUCACUGCCAGACAAUGCAGUCACAUGUUUGUAUCAUCGUUAUGUGACAACGCUUCAGUACUUCUGCGGAUACAAGGAGCGAAAUGGUCAAAUUCCUCGAAAUGGAUGGUAUAUUUGUGCUGACCCCUCUUUUGUACCCAGCAGUAAAAAUUGUGUCGUAUUUUCUUCAAACAAGAAGUUUAAUGAUAACAUUUUCCUAUCAGAUAUAAAGGCGCGGUAUAAUUGUCGGACAUUUACAACUCCUCUUUCUCAAUCAGAUUCCCUUCAAAGCUGGAUUACUAAGAACGACGUAGGAAAUACCGUAAUUGACGUGCUGACUCUGUCAAUUAGUACUUAUACCGAACUAGAAGUCAUUGAUAAAAUGGUGGAAGAAAAGUCCAUUGGAAAAGUAAAACAACUCCUUCUGGAACUUCAUUUUGAUCCCUCAGUUACCAAGAAAAAAGAUUAUAUUAAGUUAUUAACACGCUUACAAAUGCUGUUUCAAGCAGGCUUACGUAUCAUCUGGUACGAUAGAGUGUUUCAAUGUGUAGGAGUCAAUAAAUUCAACAAGUGUUACGCCAUUUAUUUCGUUCAGAGGGUUUUGGAAGCCAAGGAGCAUAAAUUUAAAGAAAUGAUUCUACCCUCAGAGGACGAAAUUCGUAAACUUCCAAGGCUAGAAUUACAGGAUUUGUAUUUCCGAUAUUUAAUGACAACCCAGUUUUUGUGCAAACAGAUCGUACGAAUUGGGAAAGUGUUGGACGGUGGGUGGGAUGUAUGUCAUGAUAUGAUGCUGAAGAUUGACAGAAACCCUUGUAUCGUUUACUCAUUUGGCAUAAACCACGAUUUCUCGUUUGACGAUGACAUGGCUAACACAUAUAACUGUAAUCUGCAUUCCUUUGAUCCGACAAUGAAUAAGAAAGAUUUUAAACAUUCCGAAAAGGUUUGGUUUUACAACAGAGGUAUAGGGGACACGUACAAGAAGUUUGGAUCGGGUUAUGUAGCUCCUCUUGAUAAAAUCAGAAAAGAUCUGAAGCAUAAUAAAGUUCCUAUUGCUGUUAUGAAGGGUGAUACAGAGGCCGCCGAAUGGCCGUCGACACCUCAGAUGUUAAGAACAAACCAGCUAGCCGAUGUUUCUCAGUUUUAUCUAGAAUUGCAUUCGGAUGGAACGGUGCCGGAUCACGUGAUUCUUCUAAAGAAAAUGCAUGAUGCGGGAUUCCGUAUAUUUUGGUUCCAUACAAACCCGGCUUGCACUUCGAAAGCUAAAAUAGGUCAACUUUCACAAUGCAUGGAGGUUUAUUUUAUGAACACAAAAUAUCCAUUUAAUUCAUGAAUCAGCAAUGUAAUCAUUGAGCACGAGGGUCGCAUGCUAUUUAUGUUGUAUGAGUGAUGGACGUGGCACAAAUUAAUCUUAUUAUCACUAAAGGGAAACAUAAAAUAUGGCUGUGUUUUUAUGCUUCGUUUACUAUACAUAUAUACUAUGUAGAAUUGGAAUAUGAAUCUCUAUAAAAAUUGGUUUGUACGAAUUUGUGUUUCGUUGGGAAAAUUCAUUGCAUUUUUUUGACGCUGAUUUUACAGGGAUAUCAUAUUGUCUAGUUUAUUUUAGAAUGGAAAAUAUUUGUUUUUAUUAUAUGAAAUUGUGUAUGAUUAUUCAUAAAUAAAAAACUUUGAUUGAUAAAAAGAUUUGUAAUUAUUGAAAAAAAGUCGAUAAAUAACGCUUACGAAAAGAGUGAACAAAACCAAAUGAUUUUUAGACACAGGUUCAACACUAAUUUCAAUAAAACCUGUUACAGAUAACACAAAUUCGAAAAGAUGAUAUCAAAUUAUCAUAUCUCAAAAUAAUUCAAAGAUUCACUAAACUCCUUCAUAUGAAACAUCAUUUUUUGGUUUUCUUUAAUCACUGUUAACAGAUAGAUUACACUACAUUCAUUAACGUUUGUUUCUUUUGGAAAACACAUAAAGAUAAAACGGUCAAAAAUUUAUAUUGUUAUGAAAACCUAAACUGUCGAAAUAUAAUUGUGAGGAGAAAGUUGUGCCUGGUUUUUCCAACGUAUCUUCUAUUAUAUUCUAAUUUACAUUCUGCUUCUUAUUGUCCAUAAGCUGCAAUGUAGUU